GGGUUGGGCAGGCCUACUGACUGCUGCCUGAAGGUUGCUGUAAACAGACUAAGUAAAUCAAUUAACUCCACAGUUUUCACAAAGGUCUCUUGAUAUCAAAACUUCUUUCCUUACAUGCUUCUCUGAUCCUGUGGAGAUGAAAAUUGACAUCCAUAGUCAUAUUCUACCAAAAGAAUGGCCAGAUCUAAAAAAGAGGUUUGGCUACGGAGGCUGGGUGCAGCUCCAACACCACAGCAAGGGAGAAGCAAAGUUGUUGAAAGAUGGGAAAGUCUUCAGAGUGGUGCAAGAGAAUUGCUGGGAUCCAGAAGUUCGUAUUAGAGAAAUGGACCAAAAAGGAGUAACAGUGCAAGCCCUUUCCACAGUUCCUGUCAUGUUUAGCUACUGGGUGAGUGUGAAACCUCAAGCCAUCUCCUCGGUGUUGAAGGCCAAACCUGAGGACACUUUAAACCUGUGCCAGCUUUUAAACAACGACCUUGCCAGCACUGUUGCGAGCUACCCCAGGAGGUUCGUGGGUCUGGGGACGUUGCCCAUGCAGGCCCCUGAGCUGGCGGUCAAGGAGAUGGAGCGCUGUGUGAAAGAGCUGGGCUUUCCCGGGGUCCAAAUUGGCACCCACGUCAACGAGUGGGACCUGAACGCGCAGGAGCUCUUUCCUGUCUAUGCGGCAGCCGAAAGGCUGAAGUGUUCCCUGUUCGUGCAUCCCUGGGACAUGCAGAUGGAUGGACGAAUGGCCAAAUACUGGCUCCCUUGGCUUGUAGGAAUGCCAGCAGAGACCACCAUAGCCAUUUGCUCCAUGAUCAUGGGUGGAGUAUUUGAGAAGUUUCCUAAACUGAAAGUGUGUUUCGCACAUGGCGGUGGUGCCUUCCCCUUCACAGUGGGAAGAAUCUCCCACGGAUUCAGCAUGCGCCCAGAUCUGUGUGCCCAGGACAACCCAAUGAACCCGAAGAAAUACCUUGGCUCCUUUUACACAGAUGCCUUGGUUCAUGAUCCUCUGUCCCUCAAGCUGUUAACAGAUGUCAUAGGAAAGGAUAAAGUCAUUUUGGGAACCGAUUACCCCUUUCCACUAGGUGAGCUGGAACCUGGGAAACUAAUAGAGUCCAUGGAAGAAUUUGAUGAAGAAACAAAGAAUAAACUCAAAGCCAGCAAUGCCCUGGCAUUUUUGGGUCUUGAGAGAAAACAAUUUGAAUGACUGAAUUUACUACAAAGGCAAACUUUCAAAAGGAUAUCUCAUUUUUGUUUCUAAAUAUGUAUCAACAGGUAUCAACAAAAUCCUAUUUUGAACUAUUUUACUCAGAAAUGAAUGUCCCAAAUAUCCUAAAUUAUUCAUAAUAAAAAUGAUUUGUGUUUUC